CGUAUGCUGCAAUGUUUCGUCGGAAAAGGAAGAGACUGUUAAAACUUAUUUUGACUGUAUGUGCAGUAAUGUUUUGUGCAUGCAUGCUACUAAGAACGUUCUUCACAACAUUAGAGUUACAAUCUUUCAUUAUCAUUGCUGAAGAUCCCGAAAAAAGCUCUGCAACAAGAGUAAAUUUUUCCGGAAAAAAUUCUCUAAAAGAAGCCAAGGUGCCAGUGAGAAAGUCGUGGUUUGAACCAAGAAAUGUCAGUAUUCCUAUUGGUCCAGGAGAACAUGGGACUGCGUUUUCCUUACCACCUGGGUUAGACAGAACCAAAGACGAAUUAUACAAAUCAAAUGGAUUUAACGCUCUAGUCAGCGAUUUCAUUGCUUUGAAUAGAACACUUCCCGAUAUCAGACAUCCAAGCUGUAAAUCUAAGGAAUACCUCUCAAAAUUACCGAAAGUUAGCAUAGUAAUCCCUUUUCAUAAUGAACAUUGGACUGCCCUUCUUAGAACUGUUACGAGCAUAGUGAACAGGUCACCUGAUGAACUGAUAGAAGAAAUAAUUUUAGUGGAUGAUUUUAGCAAUAAAGCUCAACUAAAAACGCCUCUUGAUCAAUAUGUGGCACAACAUUUUUCAAAAGUGAAAAUCAUUCGAGCUUCAAAGAGGGAAGGUUUAAUAAGAGCGAGACUACUUGGUGCAAAAGCAGCUAAAAGUGAAGUUCUUUUGUUCCUUGAUUCUCACACAGAAGCCAAUGUCAAUUGGUUGCCCCCUUUACUUGAUCCUAUUGCGAAAGACAGAACGUACGUAACUUGUCCCUUCAUAGAUGUAAUUGAUUUUGAAACGUUGUCUUAUCGGGCCCAAGAUGAAGGAGCUAGAGGCGCGUUUGAUUGGGAAUUGUACUAUAAACGUUUGCCUCUUUUGCCAGAAGAUCUGAAGAAUACAGCAGAACCAUUCAGCCUGUCAGAUACAGUCCACAAAAAGCAGAGCAAAAUGUCAGUACGUUUAGUUCAAACCAAAGAAAGUUCAGUUGAAGCAGAAGAAAAAUUCUUUGCUUCCAAUUUUGUUUUUCUUGCUGGGGAAGAAGCUAGAUAA